AGAAAAUGUAUUUUUCAUUUCUAUUUUAUUGUUAAUCACAACUACUUACUAAGAAGAUGUAUGCAUCUGUUGCACACUGUGCAACUUCUCAGCUGGAAUCAGAUUGGACACUGCUGUCGUCAUUUUCUGCUCCAUGUUGAUGUCCAUAUAGUACUUGCUUUUUUAUCAGACUGACUGGAAAACCCAGUCUCACAAAAAUAUGAAAUCCUGAGAAGGAUUAUAGUGCAAUCUUAUGUUGAAAGCAUGAACUACCUUACUAGUAGUUCAUGUGAUGUCUGACAGAUGUUGACUUUCAAUGCGUUUACUGUGUUCAAAUUUUUAAAUAUCCUGAAAUACUCUUGUGAGGUCACUCUAAUGCCUUGGGUGCCUUGGCAUAGUUUUAGAAACACUAGUUGAAAUUAUUUGCUCAUGAAUAUGCAACUGGGAAGAGGCAGAAUCAGAAUUUAAGCUUUCGUAUUAUGGCCUUCAGUUUUGCUCUUCCGCCAUUUUUAGGAACUUUCCCAAAAGGUUAUGUUUUCCAGCCCAGGCAUGAGGAUCACUUGAGGCCAAAAGUUCAAGAUCAGCCUGGGGAACACAGCUGGACGUCUGUUUCUACAAAAAAUAAAAGUAAAAAAAAUUAGCAAGGCAUGGUAUUGUGUGCCUAUAGUCCUAGCUAUUCAGAAGUGUGGGGCAGGAGGAUCACUUAAGCCCAGGAGUUUGAAGCCACAGUGAAUUAGGAUUGAGCCACUGUACUCUAGCCUGGGCAAUAGAACAAGAUCUUGUCUGUAAAUAAAUUUAUAUAAAAAAGGUUGUGUUUCCUACAACUCAGAGUCCUGCAAGGAAAAUAUGAAUCAUUUAAAGUCUUUAAAAACAGGAAAUUUAAUAUAAAGAAUUCCACUGGUGAUGGAAGAGUAGAGAAACCCAGAAGAUAGUGAGGCAACCCAGAGAUGAACAAACUAGAAGCCAGGGCCACUCCUAUGGCUUCAGGGGUGAUGGGAAAGUUGGUGUCACCUGGAUCCAAGUUGCCGGACCCACCUUGGAGACACAGACGCUGCCAGCAAUCUCUCAGGGAGGAGAAAGAAAUCUAGGGAAAUAUCCUGGCCUCUUUCCUUCUCUCUCACCCCUAGUCUUCUUACCAGUGCCUCCUAUUAGCCAAAUCUACCUAGAAGCCAGAAAACAAGGGAACACUGGAAAUGUAGCCCCAUAAGAUAAAGAGCACCAAAGGAAAUUGAGCUGAGCAGACAGGCAGCUGACUAGCAGCACAAAAUGUAGUGUAUAUGUUUUGUUCACUCAGUAAUUCCUUUAGCAAAUAUUUAUUGAAGACCUACUAUGUGCCAGGUAUCAUGAUAGUUGCUGGGGAUACCAUAAUGAACAAAACGGACCUGCUCUCUGCUCUUAAAUAAAUCAAAGACAAACUCAGGAUAUGGAAUAAACCUAGAAUUAUCUCAUUGUAAAAAUUAUUAAGUGCAAGAAGGAAAAAUAUCAGGGCGAUAUGACACAGCUAAUGAUUCGGGGAAGGGUGUGACCUGCCACCAUUUUAAAUGUAGUUAUUUCACCACUGAGCUGUGUUGUAGAAAACUUGUAGUCAGGAAAAGAUAGAAUGUCUAUAUCUAUAAAAAGAAGUUUACUGAAAGGUAUCAAUUUAUUUACAUUUUGACAUAACCUCUAUAUAAUAAGGCUUUAUUACCUCACAGCCAUGUGUGUGUUCAUGUGAAAUAGCAUGUGUGUAUGAGAGAGAAGCCAUGUGUGAUCAUGUGUAAUAAUGUGUGUGAAAGAGAAGCAAUGUGUGUGAUUAUGUGUAACAGCAUGUGUGUGAGAGAAGCCAUGUGUGAUCAUGUGUAAUAGCAAAUAUGUGAGAGAAACCAUGUGUGAGCAUGUGAAAUAACAUGUAUGAGAGAAGCCAUGUGUGUGAUCAUGUGUAAUAACAUGUGUGUGAGAGAUGCCAUGUGUGAUCAUGUGUAAUUGUGUACGAGCAGUCAUGCAUGUAAUCAUGUGUAAUAUUGUGUAUGAGAGAGAAGCUGUGUGUGAUCAUGUGAAAUAAUACGCAUGUGAGAGAAUCCAUGUGUGAUCAUGUGUAAUAGUGUGUGUGAAAGAGAAGCAAUGUGUGCGAUCAUGUGUAAUAGCGUGUAUGUGAGAGAGAAACCAUGUGUGUGAUCAUGUGUAAUAACGUGUUUGUGAGAGAGGGAGAAAAGCCAUGUGGGUGUGUGAUCUCAUGUAAUUGUGUGUGUGUGAGAGAGAGAGAGAGACAGAGAGAAACAGUACAAAGGAAGACUUCUUUGAAAAAACAUUCCAACUUUCUAAGGAGCCAGAGGGCUCACUCACAGCUACUAAUCUCUGUCAUGCUUUCCAGCACCACCCCCUCCCUCUCAUCAUAACUUGUGAUCUUAGAGGCAGGAAGGAAUUUGAGCCCCUCCCCCAGCCUGACCAUCUCUGUUGUUGCUCGGCCAGACUCCACGUCAAAUCCAGUUUGAAGCACAGACCCUAGCACCACGCAGGAGGUGUUCCUCUCCCAGUGGCCAUGGGUGGCAACAGUGGGCAGGCCAGCCACCACAUCUAUAAAUCCCUAGCUGAUGAUGGCCCCUUUGACCCUGUGGAACCUCCUAAAAGACCCACCAGCAGACUCAUCAUGCACAGCAUGGCCAUGUUUGGACGAGAGUUCUGUUACGCGGUGGAGGCAGCCUAUGUGACCCCAGUCCUGCUCAGCGUGGGUCUGCCCAAUAGUCUGUACAGCAUCGUGUGGUUCCUCAGCCCCAUCCUGGGAUUCCUGCUGCAACCCGUGGUCGGAUCGGCCAGCGACCACUGCCGGUCCAGGUGGGGCCGCCGGAGACCCUACAUCCUCACCCUGGGAGUCAUGAUGCUCGUGGGCAUGGCUCUGUACCUCAAUGGGGAUACCGUGGUAGCAGCUUUGAUUGCUAACCCAAGGAGGAAGCUGGUUUGGGCCAUAAGUGUCACCAUGAUAGGUGUGGUUCUCUUUGAUUUUUCUGCUGACUUCAUUGAUGGGCCCAUCAAAGCCUACUUAUUUGAUGUCUGCUGCCAUCAGGACAAGGAGAAGGGCCUCCACUACCAUGCCCUCUUCACAGGUUUUGGAGGUGCCAUGGGUUACCUUUUGGGUGCUAUAGACUGGGCCCAUCUGGAACUGGGAAGACUGCUGAGUACAGAAUUCCAGGUCAUGUUCUUAUUCUCUGCGUUGGUGCUCACUUUGUGUUUUAUUGUUCAUCUGUGCAGUAUCUCUGAAGUCCCACUUACAGAUGUUGCAAAGGGCGUUCCCCCACAGCCACCCCCCCAGGACCCUCCAUUGUCAUCAGAUGGAAUGUACGAAUAUGGUUCCAUCAAGGAAGUUAAAAAUGGUUAUGUAAAUCCAGAGCUGGCAAUGCAGGGAGCAAAAAACAAAAAUCAUGCUGAACAGACUCGCAGGUCAAUGACAUUAAAGUCACUGCUGAGAGCACUGGUGAACAUGCCUCCCCACUACCGCUACCUUUGCAUCAGCCACCUCAUUGGAUGGACUGCCUUCCUGUCCAACAUGCUCUUCUUCACAGAUUUCAUGGGCCAGAUUGUGUACCACGGGGAUCCCUAUAGCGCACACAACUCCACGGAGUUUCUUAUCUACGAAAGAGGAGUCGAGGUCGGAUGCUGGGGCUUGUGCAUCAACUCUAUAUUUUCCUCACUUUAUUCUUACUUUCAGAAAGUUUUGGUAUCCUAUAUUGGAUUAAAAGGGCUUUACUUCACGGGAUAUUUGCUGUUUGGCCUGGGGACAGGAUUUAUUGGGCUCUUCCCAAAUGUCUACUCCACCCUGGUCCUGUGCAGCCUAUUUGGUGUAAUGUCCAGCACCCUGUACACUGUGCCCUUUAACCUCAUUACGGAGUACCACCGAGAGGAAGAAAAGGAGAGGCAGCAAGUCCCAGGAGGGGACCCAGACAACAGCAUGAGAGGGAAGGGCAUGGACUGUGCCACCCUCACCUGCAUGGUGCAGCUGGCUCAGAUCCUGGUCGGAGGUGGCCUGGGCUUUCUGGUCAACACAGCUGGGAGUGUCGUCAUCGUGGUGAUCACAGCGUCUGCGGUGGCACUGAUAGGCUGUUGCUUUGUGGCUCUCUUUGUUAGAUACGUAGAUUAGGUCAAUAAAGAGACAAUGAUCCUAACCUCAGA